CCCGCCCGUGAAAAGGGCGGUACCGCCUAAAUAUCCUCAGUAGGACGAGUGACCGGUAACACACCACAAGACAGUCGUGAGCCUUCCGUCAAACAAGUCGUGUGUGCGUGUGUCCGAAAUAGUCUAAAAAUGGCUAAUAGUCUGAUCGAUUGUACUACAUUCUUUGUUGAUAACAAUAUUUUCAUAAAUAUAGGACUAGAUCCUGAUUUUUUGUUAAAUUGCGUAAUAUGCGUUUCAAAUAAUACGCAGUAUGUUAAAAUGAGUGUUGAAUUCUAUAAAUCUCUAAAUAUAGGUAUUAAAAACAUAAAUUUUUUACUUCCAUCUCAUUUACUGUUGGAUGAGUUUAAAUUGGUCUCAAUAGAAGAAUUCAACGGUGACAACGUUCUCUCAAUAAAGUGUUUGGAAAAGGAUCAAACUGUGCAAUUAACAGAAGAGAAUGUUUCAAGGUUCUUGCAUUUAAGUGAUGCCAUUGAAGAAGUUAUUCAGGUGAAAACUAUGUACACACGGUCUACUGCAUUACUUCAGGCCUGUGAGAUUUCAAUGUAUCUUGGAAAGGAAAUGCCGUUACCCAAAGAUACAAAAAUAAGCGAAGUUGAAGAUUAUUUGACCCGCAUCGAUGUCCAAGAAUUGAAAGGACAACUUCAGUUCACUGGUCUUUGUUUAAUAGCAGAUUUGAAGAUGAAAGCAGUCAAACAAUUGGCAAGGGGAUGGUUAUCUUCUUCGACCAAAACUGAGUCUGAAGUCAACAGGCUGACGCGCGUAGAACGAAAAAGGGCAAAAGUAACUCGCAGAUUAAGUUUUCAUCUAUAAUAUUUUUAUCAUGUUGUUUUUAUAUUUUAAAAAAUAAUAAUGUAAUAUGACAUUUU